UUGCUUCCUAAACUUUUCCCUGAGCAUUUCGGAUUGUUCUUUUCCUUGUAUUCCCACAAACGCUCAACUGUUUACCACAUCCCAUCCAAUCGGAUUGCUUCCUAAACUUUAACCAGAGCGUUUCGGAAUAGGAGGAAGCCAAAGUCAUAUUUGGCAUUCUCUCCUUCAUUGUACUCAAAUACUGAAAAGAGUUUGAUCAUUUCUUUAUGGAGAAUACAGGAACCGGUUCGUUUCUGAGGACUAGAAGGUUGGAGAGCUACUUCGAUGCAAGUUCUAGUCCUAAUGUGAAGGAAAAGCCGAAAACUUUGGCGAAAGAAGAAUUGGGAUUGAAGCCAAGGGUCGAUAUGUUUGCGGAUGAAGAUGGAUGGAGUUCAGUGUUGAUAUCUUGGAUUAGAAUUGUCACAUGUUUCUUGACGAUGAUGGUAACGACAUUCAUUUGGGCGUUGAUUAUGCUCAUGCUUGUACCAUGGCCUUAUGAGAGGAUUAGGCAGGGGAAUAUAUAUGGACAUGUGACUGGUAGAUUGAUGAUGUGGAUCCUUGGAAAUCCUAUGAGGAUUGAGGGUGCUGAAUUUUCUAAUAAAAGGGCCAUUUAUAUCAGUAAUCAUGCAUCUCCUCUGGACAUUUUUCUAAUAAUGUGGUUGACUCCCACAGGCACUGUUGGCAUUGCCAAGAAGGAGAUCAUAUGGUACCCCCUAAUUGGACAAAUUUAUGUUUUGGCAAACCAUUUGCGCAUAGAUCGCUCCAACCCCACUGCAGCCAUUGAAUCCAUGAAAGAGGCAGCCCGUGCAGUAUUGAAAAACAACUUAUCUUUGAUCAUUUUUCCUGAGGGCACCAGGUCCAAAACUGGACGACUACUCCCAUUCAAAAAGGGAUUUGUUCAUUUGGCAUUGCAAUCACGCCUUCCAAUAGUUCCCAUGGUCCUGACAGGUACCCAUCUAGCGUGGAGGAAGGGCGGCUUACAUGUUCGACCGGCGCCUCUAACUGUUAAGUAUCUUCCUCCUAUAAGUACCAAAGAUUGGACAGCUGACAAGAUUAAUGACUACAUUAAGAUGUUACAUGACUUAUAUGUCAAACACCUCCCUGAGUCUCAGAGGCCGCUUGUGUUAGAAGGUCCCAGAAAUAGUUCCAAUUCAUAGUUGAGGUGCCUCAUCUUUUUGAUCAUUCAAGUCUUAGAGCUAGAGGGGAGUCCCAUGUUAAUUGCUACAACAAGCAUAAUUGAAUUAGUUUUGCAAUUAGCAGGAGUAAGUGUAUUACAGUGCUCAUUCUCUUGCAAUAAGCCUAGCUUGCUCGACCAAGAUUUAAUAUUAACUAGGUUUUCUCAGUCUUGUAAGAUUAAAUAUGAUCAGUUUCAGCAUUGAAGGGAUUACAGAAUCCCUUUGUUCUUUGUAUAUGCAUUUGUAUUAAUUUCA